AGCAUCUACACUGAGAAAGGGUUACAUCGUAACUGGUCAACCAAAGAAAAACAGACUUUUAAUCCAAUGAUUGCAGUUUUCCAGCAAAUAUGAAUGAGAGCAUUGAGAAGAUUAUGAAACGAAAAAAAGGUGGAGUGUAAUAUGGGGAAAUAUAAAAAUGUACUGCUUUCCUGAGACACCACAUCGCACACAGUAAUGCUCUUUUGUCUGAAUUAUAACAUCUCUACACCAACGAUAUGUGACAGUACAUGAGAACACUCUCAUUCUGGUCCCCAGAGACAGAAGACAUGGCUCCCUACUUAUCUGUAAUCGUAUGCCUUGGAAUACUAGAUUUUUCCCUCGCUGCUCUCAAAACAAGACACAUCGGCUGGUGUGUGACAUCAGAAAGUGAAUAUAAAAAGUGUAAAGAGCUGACAAAAUCUUGUAAGGCUCCAGACCUCAUGCUUAUCUGUGUGAAGAAAUCCACUUUCGAAGAGUGCUUCACUGCCAUUAAAGAUGGAGUAGCAGAUGCAAUUUCUGUGGACAGCGGGAAUGUAUUUAAAGCUUCCCUAAACCCAUACAAUCUGAAGCCAAUCAUGACAGAAAGCUAUGGAUCACAAAAAGAUACCUGUUAUUAUGCAGUUGCGCUGGUGAAAAGAUCAAGCACCUUUAAGUUUAGUGAACUGAAGAACAAGAGAUCAUGUCACACCGGAAUAGGACACAUGGCAGGCUGGUAUGCUCCACUGAGCGUUCUUCAUGAGAAAAAACUACUUAACUGGACAGAAGAUGAAGCUCAAAGAGCCGUUUCAAGGUUCUUUUCAGCAAGCUGUAUUCCUGGAGCCCAGGAGCCAAACCUGUGUAAACAAUGUGCUGGACGGGGAGGCAAGAAGUGCAAACUCAGCAAUGACGAACCUUACUAUAACUGUCAUGGAGCAUUCAAGUGUCUAAAAGAUAACAAGGGUGAAGUAGCUUUUGUGACACAUAUGACUGUACCAGCUGAGCUCCAUAAGAAUUUCCAGCUGCUGUGUCCAGACAAUACCAGAAGACCAGUUUCUCAGUUUCAAAAAUGCAGCUUAUCAAGAAUUCCAGUAAAUGCUGUAGUGACUAGGAGUGAAGGCGACAAGACUCAAAAUAUUGCUGACUUCCUUGAGUAUUCUCAGAAAAAAGAAUGCAACUUGUUCAGCUCCAAGUAUGGGAAAAACCUUCUAUUCAAAGACUCUACACUGAACAUUGUUCCUCUACCACCUUCCAUGGAUGCUUUCUUAUAUCUAGGGUCAAGUCUUUACAAUUCUAUCAAAGAAACAUUUGAGGUAAGCCAACCAUCCAGAGAAACUAUACUUUGGUGUACGCAAAGCAGACAGGAGAAGAUAAAGUGCGAUAACUGGACACCUUUAAGCGGAGGAAGCAUUGAAUGUACAGAAGCCUCUUCUGCUGAUGAAUGUAUUCAACAAAUAAUGAAAGGUGAAGCAGAUGCUGUUACUCUCGAUGGCGGAUAUAUGUAUACAGCUGGGCAAUGCGGACUGGUACCUGUACUUGGAGAGUACUAUAACCAAGAUGAUCUAAAGCCAUGCAAGACCGGUGGGACAAAAAGUCAAAGCACGUACUAUGCAGUUGCUGUUGUAAAGAAAAUGAACAAAGACAUCACAUGGAACAAUCUUAAAGGCAAGAAGUCCUGUCACACAGCGGUAGGUCGCACUGCUGGUUGGAAUAUUCCUGUUGGUCUGAUCAACAAGAGAAACAACAACUGUGAUAUAGGUUCAUACUUCAGUCAGAGCUGUGCUCCUGGCUCUGAUAUUAAUUCGAAUCUCUGUCAGCUGUGUAUUGGAGACUCCCAGAGACCUCUGCUCAACACUAGAUGCUCACCCAGUGAUGCUGAGCUAUAUUAUGGAUACUCUGGAGCAUUAAGGUGUCUGCAGGAAAAAGGAGACGUGGCCUUUGUCAAACAUACCACAGUGUUUGAAAAUACAGAGGGCAGGAAUCCUGCAGAUUGGGCAAAAAAGCUUAAGCCUAGUGAUUUUGAGCUGCUGUGCCCUGAUGGUUCUCGCGCCUCAGUCGAAAACUACAAGAAUUGCCACCUGGCAGAGGUACCAGCACAUGCUGUUGUUUCCCGACCAGAUAAACGGAGCAGUGUUCUAAGAAUUGUUAAAAAACAGCAGGCUCAGUUUGGCCGGAAUGGAAGCCAGAGACAGAAUUUUCAGAUGUUUGGCUCCAAGGAAGGAAAGGACCUUCUCUUUAAAGACUCCACUCAAUGCUUGCUUGAGGUUGAUCAGAAAACAACAAUAGAGGAUUUCCUGGGGAAGUCAUACCACUCGGCUGUGUCCACACUAAAUAAAUGUUCUCCUACAUCAGAACUGCUCUCCGCCUGCUCCUUCCACAGCUGCUAAGAGUCUGGCACUAAAGAAUGACCUACUCCCGUCUGA